GAUGAAUACCUGGAUAUUAUUUACUGGUUAAGGCAAAUUGUUGGUUUAGUGUUUGGUGUCGUUUGGGGAAUCAUUCCACUUUAUGGGAUACUAGGCAUAGGAAUAUUUGGCAUAGCCAAUGCUGGCUUACUAUAUCUCUAUUUCACCUAUUAUCAACCUGCUGAUGAAGAAGAAGUUGGUGACACAUGGGAAUUAACUAAGGAAGGUUUUAUGUCAUCAUUCUCAAUUUUUCUUGUCGCUUGGAUUAUGACAUAUUCUGGCGUCCAUUUCCAUUAA